UGUUCUUUUAGCACUGGAUUGAUGCUAGCAAUUCAGCGGACGUCGAAUGAUAAUCAUAGUUUAAGCGAACGAGAAGGUUCGGCGAUUUAGAGUGACUUUGUCAAAGCCAUUCGUGAAAUCCAUUUUUGCUUCAGCAUAUAUAUUUUCUACGAAAAAGCAACGGAGAUGACAUCGCUCAACAAACUUAAUUUAUUGGCACUGGAUGUGGCGGGAAAGCGUGUGGUAAUGCGAGUUGAUUUCAACGUACCUCUGAAAGAUGGAAAAAUUACCAAUAAUCAAAGAAUUCUUGCGGCUUUACCUUCAAUUAAGUACUGCCUUGAUAAGGGUGCAAAGUCAGUUGUGUUAAUGAGUCACUUGGGUAGACCCGACGGUCAGUCAAACUCAAAAUAUAGCCUUGCGGUGGUUGCAGAAGAACUAAAUCAACUUCUUGGAAAAAAGGUAAUCUUUUUAAAUGACUGCUGUGGUGCUCAAAUAGAGGCUGCGUGCGCAGAUCCUACACCGGGAAGUGUUAUUCUCUUGGAAAAUCUACGUUUUCACAUUGAGGAGGAGGGAAAAGGCGUUGACACUGCGGGUAAUAAAAUAAAAGCGGAUGCCUCCAAAGUUAAGGAGUUCCGUGCAAGCCUCACUAGACUCGGAGACGUAUACGUCAAUGAUGCUUUCGGAACAGCACAUCGAGCCCACAGCUCUAUGGUGGGUGUUGAGCUCCCGCGGCGCGCAGCCGGAUUUCUCAUGAAGAAGGAGCUCGACUACUUUUCAAAAGCGCUUGACCAGCCGGCACGGCCCUUUCUCGCCAUUUUGGGCGGAGCUAAAGUUAAGGAUAAGAUUCAACUUAUCGAGAACCUGCUAGACAAGGUGAACGAGAUGAUUAUUGGAGGUGGUAUGGCAUACACUUUUCUGAAAGUUACCCGCGGAAUGAAAAUCGGUGACUCGCUCUUUGAUGAUGAUGGAGCUGCGAUCGUUGAGAAGCUAAUGGCUAAAGCUGCAAGCAACAAUGUCCAAAUUCACCUUCCAAGCGAUUUUGUUAUCGCUGAUAAGUUUCAUGAGGAUGCCACAACCGGAACUGCGGAUAUUUCAAACGGUAUUCCCGACGGCUGGAUGGGCCUAGACUGUGGUCCCAAAUCAGUGGAGCUAUUUGCAGGUGCUGUGAGUAGGGCCAAAACAAUCUUAUGGAAUGGACCUGCUGGAGUUUUUGAAUUUGAGAAAUUCGCUGUCGGCACAAAAGGAUUGAUGGACGUUGUCGUGGCUGCUACCGACCGAGGAGCAGUUACGAUUAUCUGUGGCGGCGAUACAGCAACUUGUGCUGCUAAAUGGGGAACUGAAGACAAGGUAUCACAUGUCUCAACGGGAGGAGGGGCUUCUCUCGAGCUCCUUGAGGGUAAAAUUUUGCCUGGUGUAGCAGCACUCUCAGACGCUUGAACCAACGGAUAUUUAAUCUAUAAUGAGUACGGACUUGCCCUCGGUUCGCGUAUAUAUAAUAUAUAUAUAUAUGAUCCAACACUCAACCACAUCAAAGAUUAUCAUGA